AUGAGAGUCAAAUUCCAUGCCGAAAAAGCUUUUUUCAAAACAGAUACAAUUGAUCCUUUCACUGGGUUACCAAUUUAUGUAUUUGAUUCAAAUUUUUUACCUUAUUUAAAUGAAUCUUUUGAUAAAGAACAAUUUGAAAUGUUAAUGGUUAAAGCUUUCAAGAAAAUCAUUGCAAGAAUUCCUAAACAUCCUUAUGUUUUGAUAGCUUUCACUUCGGGUUUCAAAAAUUUUAAUAAUAGUAAUAAUUCUUGGGUUACUUGUCUUAAAUGUUAUCAAAUUUUACCUGAUGAAUUGAAAAACUUUUUGAAAAAAAUUUAUAUUGUUCAUGAAUCUUGGCUAGUUAGAUCAAUGAUUCAAGUGCUUAAUAAUGUUUUGAGAGUUGGUUUCCUAAAGACAAAUUCUUUUAGUGGUGAAAAAAUUGAUCGUUUAAUUUAUUGUAAUGAUUUAACUGAAUUAUCAAAACAUAUUGAUAUAACUAAAAUUAGAAUAAGUUUAGAUGUUUAUCUUUAUGAUUUACAAUUUGAACCUAGAUUAAUAAUACCAUAUUCUUCCAAGAAAAAUUCUAAAGAUUAUAAAUUUUAUAAAGAUUUAAUUUUUAAUAGAAUUUCCAAAAGAUUAUUAAUUGAAAGUUGUGAUUAUGAAUUAGUAUUCACAAAACCUGGGAAUCCAAAAAGAUUAGGGAUAUUAUAUGAUGCUAUUGAAAGAGGGAAUUAUCUUGAUGUUUCACAAUGGGAUAUUUAUGUUAUUGGUUCAUUAUAUUUAUCUAUUUUAAGAAAUGAUUUUGAUACGCUAAUUCCAAUUGAUAUGAUUGAAUUACCUAUAAGUGAUGAAUACAAUUAUACACUGGAGACAUUUCAUAAGAUCAUUAAAACUAAAGGGAACUUUGAUGUUUUAACUAAAUUUUUCGAAAUUUUAAUUAAAUUAAUUGAAAAUAAUCAAUGGACAAAACAUGAUUUGAAAACAAUAUCAAAGACAAUAACACCAACUUUAUGUAAUUUGAAAAUAUCAUUGAAAAAUAGUGAUUCUAUUGCAAUUGGACAACGAUUUAUUAAGAAUUUAUUAAUCAAUUGGGAUCAAAUAAUAAAAGAUACACAAGAACAAGAACCACAAGAACAACCAGCAUUAGCAUCAGCAUCAGUCAUUCCACCUACACCAAGAAAAGUUUCAUUCCAUAAAAGAACUCCAUCAAUACAAAGAGAACCUAAAAUAUUACCAAAUAUACCAACCCAAAAGAGAAAUGUUUCAUCAUCAUCAACAAUUUCUAUAUCAAGUGAAUCAUCUGAAGAAAAUUCUAUAAAUAUUGAACCUACAAUAACUUCAAAUCCAAUUGAAUUAAAGAAAGAUCAUAAAGAAAACAAAGUAUUAUCAGAUGUCACUAAAUCCUUGAAUAAACAACCAAUUCAACCUCCAUCAAUAACUAAAAAACCAAAUAAAGUUAUAACUAAAUUUAGUGAUGGAUAUAGUUCAAUUGAAGGAAAGAAAAAAGUUAAUCAAUUGGCUAAAUUGUAUGAAGAACGAUUAAUGGGGUUGGAAAUCAUGAAAGAUAUGAAAUGA